UGUUGUGAAUCAUUAACGAUUGAGACAAAAAAGUCUGGAUUUCGUAGUCCUUGUCUGAUGUAAGGUCUAUAAAUACCGGCAGCCUGUUUCCUCCUCUACAGACGAGUCCAUUUCUAAGAAGCAACUGUAGCCAAAAAAACCCAUCCAGGGGCAGAUAAAAGAAGAUAGAAAAUGCUGAAAGUGGGGAUUGUCAUCCUUGUCAUUGCUUUUGCGUACAGCUUGACAGAUGCUGCUCCAGAUAAACGCUGUCUAAGCAACCAGGAGUGGCUUUCGUGCGGAAGCUCCUGUCCUCUUAACUGUGAGAACUAUCAAAACCCACCGCAGUUUUGCACAAUGAAUUGCGUGAUCGGCUGCUUCUGCAAAGAGCCGUAUAUAUUCCGCAGCGGGAAGUCGGGUCCCUGUGUGCUUCCAAGGCAGUGCUCCAGAAAAUAUUAGCUGAACCCAAUAACCCGUGCUUUCAGCCCCCAAUUAUCUUCGGUGACCCCCAUUAUGGAAGAGGAAUUAUAGCUAUCGCAAUGUAACGCAGCGCUUCAUGUUACAUCACUAUAAUGUUCUUUUGGACCAAUAAACAUUUGAAUAUGA